CAGGAUCUUGUGUUUACAUGCUGCAAAAUUUCGGCCGAAGGAGCGGAAAUUUUCUCCCGAUUGCAGACACCUUGAAGGUGCUACCACACUUUUCUGCAAAUUUGCCUUCCACUGCUCCCACAGCAGAUGGUUUGUGCAUGGGAUUCUGUGAGCUUCUGAAUGAGCAAGGACACCUGGGUAAUUCUGGAUUCAUGAAUGACAUGAACAGAAGUCCAACACCCUUGGGCACUGGCAGACCUCCUCAUGAUGUCUUCGAGUUUAAGCACCGUCUGGCAAGACCACCAUUCCGCCCACCGAUGGGGAUGGAAAUGGGGAUGAUGCCCGGCCACCAAGCACCUGUCAUGAUGGUGCCAGGGCAGCCGGGACCUCCCUUUCCAGGAUCACCCAUCUUCCGGCCCCCCAUGGCUGAAGGGCACCCCAUACCCCCCCUGCCUCCUCCUCCUGUACCUACUCACAUGGUUCCCCCACACAUGCCACCCCCUCAUGGUCCACAUCUACAUUCACCUCAUCCAUCACAUCCACAUGCCCUAGCCCCAUCUCACCCCAUUCCACCACCACAUCCACCACCCCCAUCUCAUCCUCCACACCCGUCGUUACCUCUUCACCCGCAACCUCCACACAUGCCAAAUACACUCAUACCACCAGGCACUCAGUUCCCACACAUGCCUCCAGGUGAAGCAAAACCGCCUCCACCCCUACCCCCCGAUCCACAGGCUCCACCGCCUGAACUGAGUGUGCUUCCCCCUCUUCCGUCUAGUAAGUUAGCAGUCCAACCUCCACUUCCUCCUCUUCCACCUCUUCCACCUCCAGUAGAUAUAUCGAAGCCCCCUCCUCCCAAAGAACCCCCACCCCCAAGCCCUGUUAAGAAGCCUCCUUUGCCCUCCUCUUCACCUCCACCACCCAAGUUGCCACAACCCUCUGCAAGUAUCGCUACAAGUUCCACCGCCCAUAAACAACAGAAACAACUAGAAGAAAAGAAAAACGUUGCCAAAGUUCCUGCUGGCAAACCAAUCCCAAGUAUUGUGUCUUCCCAGCCCUCAGGGAAGCCAGCUCACCAACAGUCCACCAAUGGUACCACGAACUCCCGGAAUAAUUUAUCCCGCAGAAACCACACUCCCACCCCUCCACCACCCCCUCUUCUGCACUCAAAUACUCUACAGUCAGCCUUCUCAUAUGUGCCAAAUGAAGGUACCCAAGGUGCUGUUAUGGAGGAGGAGCCUUAUGACCCUGAGGAAGCCAUGUUCUCUCCUUCUUCAAGCACUGAAUCUUCUCCAGUUGAGGAGAGUCAGGAAGAUUCCCUGAUAAACAAGUAUGUGAGAAACCCCAAAGCUGGAACUUCGAUGGAGAACUUCACCAGUUCCCUAAAAACACCUGAAAGAGUAAAGUCAGACACCAAGAAGAAGAGGGUGUCUUUCUCAAAUGAAGUCUCCUUCUCAGGUGAGAGCAAGACUCCUCAAGAAUCUCCAGCAAGACCAAAUCUAGACACGAGACUCAAAAUCAUGUUUGGCACAGGACCCUCUGUCAGCGAUCCUUCACCUCCCAAAGUAAAGAAGCCACUAAGUAAACUACCUCUAUCUUUAGACAAGCAGGACAAGAUGGAGAAAAUGGAUGACAUAGAUCAGCCACUGUCUCCAACACCUUCCCCCUUUAUUUCUAGACACAUGUACCUCUACUGGCACAGGGAGACUGUGAAAUUAAGAAGAGCAUCCAAGCUCUCAAACAUGGACUUUGUAGAUUCAAAUGCAAAGGCACAACUAAAUAUUGAUGGUAAUGCAGGAAAGGCUAGUGUAAAAACUCCGGUGAAUGGCCAGGUACUAACCCCAGGUAUUUCUCCUUUAGUGGGGAUACCUCCCCUCCCCAAAAAUCUCCCUACUGUACCCCCUCCAAAUUACAAAAAGCCUCUUUCUGAACAUGUUACAUUCAAGGAUAAUAGUUUGAAAGCCGAAUCCAGCCUGAAAAAUGUAGGACGCGCCCAUCCCUAUAAAAGCAGCCAUAAUAAAAGGAGUAAUACCAUAAAGACAAGCUCUUUGGAUGCUGAAUUUGAGCUAGCAUGUGAAAGCUUCCCCUUAGAUAUUUUGAAUGAAAAGGUGGACAGUUCAGAAUUUAACAAUAAAGAUGUUAGUUAUCCAAAAGACAAAACAGUGAACCUUGUCAUGAAAAGGGUGCUUGAAGACCUUCGGAAAGCCAUCCGAUAUGAACUAACAAAAGAAAUCUUAGAUAAAAAGUUAAAGAAGUGCCUUAAAACUAAGUAAUGGUUGUUAGUUAUCUCUACAGACUUUCUUACCAGUACAAACCUCAACAAAAACUAAAAAAAAAAAAUUGCUUCACAUUUUUUUGAAAAUAGGUUUGAAGUGAUGGCCCAUAAAAAUAUUGCUCACAGUUCAUAAUGAAAUAGAAAGUGGUUUUGCAAGUGUUCAUAUGCCAGGAGGUAUGUGUCUUUAGAAAAUCAGACCGUGUAGUUCUUUUUCUUCUUUUUCUUCUUUUUUUCAGAUAUUAGAAUUCACUAUUUUUUAAACAACAUUUGGGAGAUCCUUCAGUAUAUAUUUCAGGCUUGUUAUGUCAUUGUUGAUGCAAGCUUUGUCUUGGUAUAACAGAAAUGGUUUCCCGGUAAAGAAUGGACUAGAAGGAUUGUUUGUCUUUUUUUUAUAUUAUGACUAUUGUCAGUAUUUUUUUAUUUAGAUAAUUUUUUUUUCUAUCUUUCUUUUUUUUUUUCUUUCAUUCUUUCUUUCUUUCUUUUUCACCUGAUGUAUAUUUAUACGUUGUACUGUGAUGAAUCUGUUGUCAGUCAGUAUUACUUGAGUUACUAUUUCAUGUACUAUGAAUAUUAUAAAAGGACUUUUUACACCCCCAUCCCCUCCCCCCCAAAAAAGGAUACAAUUUAUUUCAUUAAAAAAAAUAUAUAGAUAUGUAACAACAAAUAUGUGGAUGCAAUAUUUUGAUCCUUAUUUUGGUUUGUCUGAGAUUUUACAUAAUAUUUUUGAAUAAUAUUUUGAUAAUACAAAAAUAGAUGCAUAACUUCACUAUAUUUAUCUUUUGACUACUUUAUUCAGUAACUUGUUUAUUCAGGAAAAACAAAAUAUGAAAUGGUGUCUGUCUUAUAUUGUGUCACCUGUUUGUGGAUAUGUAGCCUGUACAUUGUGUUUUAAUUCAAGAUCUAGCUAAAUGAUGUAUAAUGUAUCCUGAUAUUAUCUAAUCUUUACAGCUCUUCCUCCUCUUCGUCUUCCUAUCCUCCUCCUCCCACUUCCUCUACACCUUCCUCCUCCUGACACAUCCUCUUCUCCUUCCUCCUCCUCUUCCUCCUUACUACUACUCAUCCUCAUCCUCAU